AUGGCACCCCCUCAGCUUUUAGUAGGCAAAGUAUGCGGUAUAACGGGUGGUCUGACUGGUAUCGGCAGGGAAAUAGCACUAGACUACCUUCGACACGGCGCAAAAGUUGCCGUUAACCAUCUCGGUGGGCCGAAUGAUGAGUCGUUGGUUAAAUCAUUCCAUAAAGAUGCAGAGGCCGUGAUACGUGAGCUCAAUCACAGCUCAAUAGACGGAACGAGACAGUUCAUCACCGUGGCCGGCGAUAUCUCUAAACCUGAGACAGGGGCGGAUUUCGUGGCCAAGAUUGUUGAAGCAUUUGAGCGGUUGGAUGUGUUCAUUAGUAAUGCUGGCGUCUGCCAAUUUGCUGAAUUCUUAGAAAUUGAACCCUCCCUCCUCUCCCAAACAGUAAACAUCAACCUCUGCGGGGCAUUCUACGCAACACAAGCCGCAGGCCGCCAAAUGGCUCUUCACCAAUCCCCUUCUGGCGGCUCAAUAAUCGGCAUAAGUUCCAUCUCAGCUCUGGUAGGGGGUGGUCAACAAUGCCACUACUGUCCCACCAAAGCCGGCGUUUUAUCACUCAUGCAGUCCACCGCAGUUGCAUUGGGGAAGUAUAAUAUCAGAUGUAAUGCGUUAUUGCCGGGGACGAUUAGGACGCAGUUGAAUGAUGAGGAUAUGAGUGAUGAGAAGAAGAGAACGUAUAUGGAAGGGAGGAUACCGCUGGGUAGAUUGGGACAACCGAGGGAUUUAGCGGGACCGGCGGUGUUUUUGGCUUCGGAUGAGCUGAGUGGUUAUGUCACUGGUGCACAGAUAUUGGUUGACGGCGGUUUGUUUGUGAAUCUACAAUAA